AUGCCUAGUCUUUCACCCGUUGUCGGCGUUGGAGUAUCGGUUACCACAGCGCAGCUCAGCGCAGCCGCAAAGGAUUAUCCGGGGAUAUACUACGUUGAGCAUCCUCGAGGCAUCCUCCAAAAGCUUCCCAGUAAGCUGUGCAGACAGGCUAUGCAUCCUUCACCAAGCAUCGCCAUUGGCUUGCUGAGCCCGCCGUUCACCACCAUCCCGCGAGCCCGCCCAUCAAUGGCUGCCCAAAGUUGGCUGGCCACCAUGGGUAAGUCCAGGAAACGGCCGGUGGAAACCGAGAAGAAAGCAGCAAAGGGGAGUGAAGAGAGACGAGGAGCGCCAUACUACUGA